GAUGUGCUUUGUGAACGCGCUUUGCCUGCCCGUGCGAUCGCAUUUUGUUCAUGUGUGUGGAGUCGCAUCAGCACCCUACUCGCUAUUUUGUGUGUUUCCCAGAAGAUUGUGGCGAAUUUGCGCUGGAUAGGCAGUUUAAACUUUGAAAAUGAAGUUAGUGGACAAUGUUAUUCGAAGUUUUAAAGUUGCGAAGGUGUUCCGGGAGAACACCGACAAGAUCAACAGCAUUGACUUUUCGCCUAGCGGAGAAACAUUGAUUUCCUGCAGUGAGGAUGACCAAAUUGUCAUUUACGAUUGCGAGAAAGGAACUCAGAUGCGAACUGUAAACAGCAAAAAGUAUGGAGUAGAUUUAAUUCACUUCACACAUGCCAAAAAUACGGCCAUUCAUAGCUCUACGAAAGUGGACGACUCCAUCCGAUAUCUGUCCCUCCAUGACAACAAAUACAUUAGAUACUUCCCAGGCCACACCAAGAAAGUUGUCACAUUGUGUAUUUCUCCUGUCGAAGACACUUUCCUGUCGGGGUCCGUCGACAAAACACUUCGACUGUGGGACCUUCGCUCCCCAAACUGUCAAGGUUUAAUGCAUCUAGCUGGUCGACCUGUAGCUGCAUAUGACCCAGAGGGCCUGAUCUUCGCAGCAGGAGUCAACUCUGAGAGCAUAAAAUUGUAUGACUUACGGUCUUUUGAUAAAGGCCCCUUUGUCACUUUCAAAUUAACUCAGGAAAGGGAAUGUGACUGGACAGGCUUGAAAUUCAGCAGAGAUGGCAAAACAAUUCUUAUAUCCACCAACGGUUCCAUCAUCAGGUUAAUCGACGCUUUCCAUGGCACACCCCUCCAAACCUUUACUGGUCAUUUAAACAACAAAGGUAUUCCUAUUGAAGCAUCAUAUAGCCCUGAUUCUCAGUUUAUCUUCAGUGGAUCAACUGACGGAAGAGUUCAUGUAUGGAAUGCUGGUACAGGUUAUAAAGUAUGUGUUCUUGCGGCUGAUCACACUGCUCCUGUGCAAUGUGUCCAGUUCAAUCCCAAAUACAUGAUGCUCGCAUCUGCCUGCACAAACAUGGCAUUUUGGCUUCCUACUGUGGAUGAAAGCUAGUCUCCAUGUAGAAAUUGCAAUUGCCCCAUUGUCUUAGUCAUUCAUGCCCUGAGAUUUCCACUUUUUGUUAUGUACAUUUUCCUGGUUUGGAAGAUUUUAAAUCUUGACUUGCAUUUUCAUUUUAUAAUUUCUGCUAUUAUAAGAAAUUACCGUUGUCUUGAUGCAUUGACCAUUUGAUAUGAUCAUCUCAUCAUAUUAUGUAAAUUAUAAAAUCAAAUGUAUACUUUCUCAAUUAAUUUCUGAUUGGAAUUAUAUUUUGUGGGUUCAUGUCCACAGGAAAAGUGAACUAUAUGUAUAGAUGUAUUUAUGACUGGCAUAGACUGGCAGAAUAUCUUCAACCUCUCUCAGAGCUAACUAUCAUAUUUAAAAAUUGAUGGUAAGAACUACAGCACAAUUUUGAAGGAUGACACUAGCAGAAGUUACGCUUUGGACUGUUGGAUUAAAAUGGUAGUUUGAUUAUGGUUUUCUCUGUCUUCCAUGAUUGUAUGUUUUUCAAAGUUAACUGCAAUAUGUUGCCCCUUUUUUUCUCCACCAUUCUGAGCCAUAGUGCAAGUUUCAACCUGAAUCUUUUUGGCUAAAUAUUUCUACCCUGUUAAUUUCUUGAUAUUUUUUCUGAACAUUGCUGAAUGUUUAUUAUGAGUCAUUUUGUUAUGAUCCUCAGUCAACACCAGUUUAAUUUUAGAAAUUACUUUUAACCAUCAUUGGUUUGUUAGAUACAUUAUUGUGUAAAUCUAACAUAGAGAGGGGCCGCAAGCUAUUCAUUAAUUCAACUUGUGAUUAUAAUUUGUAAUGUAGCUUUUGUUAAGUGCUAUGUAUAUAUCUUUUCUUGGAAUCAAUGAAAUGGAUGGAGUUCUGUUGGGAUUUAAUGGUCUUAAAAAGGCUAAUGUGAUGCAAAACUUGAUUAGCAGUGUAUAUCUUAUAGGUGCAAAUUUCAAACUAGUUUGAAAGCCCAGUUUAUAUAGGUAUUUGGAUGGGUGCUCCCAAGCGAUGUGCUAAUCAGAUGAAUUCAGAGAAAUAUAGUCUCCAUGCAGAUCUCACGAUUCAGAACUUUGGGUGCACACAUUUCCCUCCAACUUCCCUUGUAUCAAUUUAAUGCCCUCUUGGUUGUUCUGUAGAAAUUCUGUUUUGAUUACCAAGUAAUUAUAUGGUCUCUACUCUAGCCUAGCUGAAUCAUGUAUGUGAUAGAUAUUGUAAUGUAACAUGUGUAGGUAUAGUUUGUAACAGUUGGCCCUUGCAGCCCAAAUAAAUUAGUUCGUAAGAAGAUUGGUUGUAGGUAAUUCAUAUAGUUACCUAGUGAAUAUUAGUAAUCAAAAAGACUGCCGUGACUUAGUUAAUCUUUCUUUUAUGACCUUUUUAUGACCCUAUGGAAUUGGUUUUGCUUAUGUCAUGUUUGUGCUAUCAAAGCUUACACCUGUUUGGGCUAUGUUAGUUGGAUAAAUUUGAUGUGCUGUGUAUGCUUUGGUGUGUCAAAGUAUCUUUGUAUUUUGUUAUAGAUGUCUCCCUUUUUCAUCUCGUUGUGUGAUGCUUGUUCUAAAGCUGAUUCAGUGAGACUAUUUAUUUGUACAUACUGUAAUCUUUUUAGAGUAUGUUUGAUUUCUUUGCUGGUCACGUAACAAGAUUGUUAAAUUUUAUUUAUAUCAUUCUGUGCAUGAUUGAUUUUGUGUUUCUCUGGUUAACCCGGACAACACCAAAGUUGCACAUUUGCACCAGGAGGUGCUCUAAAAAAAGAUUGGUACAAAUACCCCCAUCUGGGGUUUGAUAAUGCUAAUUUCUAGGUGUGUAUGUGUAUGUGAAAGAGUGUGUCUGUAUGUCUGUGUGAAUGUAAAGAAGUGUGAGAAAAUGAGAUACAACUUUUAACUUUUUUUUCUUUCUUUUUUUUUAUAUUGAAUGUAAAAUGCUUUUGAGAUUUCUUUUUUGAUUUAACCAAAAUCUCAUUGGCGAAGAAGCAAGAAAUUUAUUUGACCUUAACUUCUGAUGGAGACAUAAUUUUUAUAUUUUCCCCCUUAUAAGUCAUCUAUUGUUUCUUUGUAUAGAGCUACUAGAAACUGGGAAAAGUCCUAUUACGUAAAAAUGUCUUCAUCGUUUGAGUUCUAGAAUGACAGUGUUGCAAUAUCAUACAUCAUUGUCUUUGGCAUUGCUGCAUUUACCUACGGUUUAAGUCAGCUUUCGGGUUUGAACUUGACCAGAUCUCAUGAUUUGUAAAAUGUCAAUCUAUUGAGUUCUUUAUCUAUAGACAGCUUAGUGUUUAACACAAUGCUUCUAUGCCCAAAGAUGAUGAAAUGUCUUUCUUGUUGUCCUGAUGAACUAAGUCCUGUGAUGUUUACUUGUAGUCUCCAUCAUAAUGUGUUAAUAAAAUUUACUUUAAAUAUG